AAAAAUACUCUUCCGCAUCCCCUACACCGAUGCCUCUCUCUCUCACUUUUAUUUAUUUUAUUUUAACUUUCAGGUCCAUCUAUCUUCAAGUUUCCUCUGAUUGUUUUUUUCUUCAUAAAUUUUCUCCCUUUCUCUAUCUGUGAAACUACCGUCGGGAAGCUAGGGCUCGCGGAGGAGCGGCAGAUGCUUGGGAUCGCCGAAGAAAGUAGACGCAUAUACGUGUCUCACAGGUUCGGCUCGUGGAGGAGCACAUCAACUAAGAUUUGGUGGAUGUAUGAUGGAGGUGUCAGUUUGUGAAGUAAAGGGAAAGAUGGAUCACCAUGAGGAUGAAGGGCGUGUUGGUGGUGGUGAAAAUAUUGGAAAGCAGAAUGAGGAGGAGGCUGUUGCUCGACUUGAGGAGAUGAAGAAAUCAAUUGAAGCAAAAAUAACACUUCGGCAGAGCAAUUUGAAUCCUGAAAGGCCUGACUCAGGAUUUCUGAGGACAUUGGAUUCUAGUAUUAGGCGUAACACAGCAGUCAUUAAAAAACUGAAGCAGAUAAAUGAAGAGCAGCGUGAAGGGCUGCUGGAUGACUUGAGAAGUGUUAAUCUAAGCAAAUUUGUCAGUGAAGCUGUGACUUCCAUUUGUGAUGCCAAACUUAGAAGUUCAGAUAUACAAUCAGCAGUUCAGAUCUGCUCUUUGCUUCAUCAAAGAUACAAAGACUUCUCCCCGAGCCUUGUUCAAGGGCUUUUGAAAGUCUUCUUUCCUGGAAAAUCAGGGGAUGACUCAGAUACGGAUAGGAAUCAAAAGGCUAUGAAGAAGCGCAGUACUCUGAAGCUACUUUUGGAACUUUACUUUGUUGGAGUUAUAGAAGACAGUGCUAUUUUUGUAAGCAUUAUCAAAGAUCUUACCAGCAUUGAACACUUGAAGGAUCGGGAUACUACUCAGACAAAUUUAUCUCUCCUUGCUAGUUUUGCUCGACAGGGAAGAAUAUUUCUUGGGCUUCCACUCUCUGGGCAAGAGGUGUAUGAAGAGUUUCUUAAAGGUCUUAAUAUCACAUCAGAUCAAAAGAAAAUUUUCAGGAAGGCAUUACAUGCAUAUUAUGAAGCUGCAUCAGAACUUCUUCAGACUGAGCAUACUUCUCUUCGUCAAUUGGAGCAUGAAAAUGCAAAAAUUCUCAAUGCCAAGGGAGAGCUAAGUGAUGAAAAUGUAGCAUCAUAUGAAAAACUGAGAAAAUCUUAUGACCAGUUGUACCGCAAUAUCUCAUCCUUAGCAGAGGCACUUGAUAUGCAGCCUCCAGUAAUGCCAGAGGAUGGUCACACAACUAGGGUUACUUCUGGAGACGAUGCUUCCUCCAAUUCUACUGGGAAGGAUUCUUCUGUUCUUGAAGCCAUAUGGGAUGAUGAAGAUACUAGGUCUUUCUAUGAAUGCUUGCCAGAUCUCAGAGCAUUUGUUCCCGCUGUAUUGUUGGGGGAAGCAGAAUCCAAGAUGAAUGAGCAAUCUGUGAAGACACAAGAGCAAUCCACUGAAUUGGCACCUGAAUCAGACCAAGUUCAACAAACUGCCCCAGACUCUGCAGAGAUUUCUACAGAUUCUGGUGCUUCACAGGAGGGCAGAAGCACAGAAAAAGGGAAGGAAAAGGAAGAAAAGGAGAAGGAUAAGAGUAAAGACCCUGAAAAGGAGAAAGGGAAAGAGAAAGAUGCUGACAAGAAAGGAGACACUGAAAAAGAGAAAUUAAAAAGUAUUGAAGGGACAAAUCUGGAUGCCUUAUUGCAGAGACUUCCAGGUUGUGUGAGCCGUGAUCUUAUCGAUCAAUUGACUGUAGAAUUUUGCUACUUGAAUUCAAAAGCAAGUCGAAAAAAGCUUGUGAGGGCAUUGUUUAAUGUUCCAAGGACUUCAUUGGAACUGUUGCCGUACUAUUCACGCAUGGUUGCCACAUUAUCAACAUGUAUGAAAGAUGUUUCUUCCAUGCUCCUACAAAUGUUAGAAGAGGAGUUUAAUUUCUUAAUUAAUAAAAAGGAUCAAAUGAACAUUGAAACAAAGAUCAGAAACAUUAGGUUUAUCGGGGAACUAUGCAAGUUUAAAAUUGCACCAGCUGGCCUUGUUUUUAGUUGUUUGAAGGCUUGUUUAGAUGAUUUCAGUCAUCAUAACAUUGAUGUUGCUUGCAAUCUUUUGGAGACCUGUGGUCGUUUUCUGUAUCGGUCGCCUGAAACUACUGUUCGAAUGGCUAAUAUGCUGGAGAUAUUGAUGCGUCUGAAAAAUGUCAAAAAUUUGGAUCCUCGGCAUAGCACCCUUGUAGAAAAUGCUUACUAUUUGUGCAAACCACCCGAGCGGUCUGCUCGGAUUGCUAAAGUUCGCCCUCCUCUGCAUCAGUACAUAAGAAAAUUGCUAUUUUCAGAUCUUGACAAAUCUACAAUUGAGCAUGUGCUGAGGCAGCUUCGUAAAUUACCAUGGAGUGAAUGUGAACCCUAUCUUUUAAAAUGCUUCAUGAAGGUUCACAGGGGGAAAUAUGGCCAGAUUCACUUGAUAGCUUCUCUCACUGCUGGCUUAAGUCGCUAUCAUGAUGAAUUUGCUGUGGCUGUUGUUGAUGAGGUUUUGGAAGAGAUUCGGGUUGGCCUGGAAUUAAAUGACUAUGGUAUGCAGCAGAGACGCUUAGCCCAUAUGCGAUUUUUAGGAGAGCUAUACAACUAUGAGCAUGUGGAUUCGUCUGUUAUUUUUGAGACGCUGUAUUUGAUUCUUGUCUUUGGCCAUGGCUCACCAGAGCAAGAUCUACUAGACCCACCGGAGGAUUGUUUCCGCAUGAGGAUGGUUAUUACUCUCCUUGAGACCUGUGGGCACUACUUUGAUCGAGGCUCUUCUAAAAGGAAACUUGAUCGAUUUUUAAUACACUUUCAAAGAUAUAUCUUGAGCAAAGGUGCUUUACCACUGGAUAUUGAAUUUGAUUUACAGGAUUUAUUUGCUGAUUUACGUCCCAAUAUGACUCGAUACUCAUCUAUUGAAGAAGUUACUUUAGCUCUGGUGGAACUUGAGGAGCAUGAACGUACUCUCCCAUCUGACAAAACAAGUAGUGAGAAGCACUCUGACAGUGAAAUAAGGAGUUCUUUCAACUCUAUUUCAGCAAAUGGACAGAGUGCUGUGAAUGGUAACGAGGGAAAUGGUAGGUUGCAUGAUGGCCUUGGAGACAGUGACAGUGAUUCUGGAAGCGGGACUCUUGAUCCAGAGGGGCGUGAUGAAGAAGAACUGGAUGAUGAGAAUCAUGAUGAAGAAUGUGAUACUGACGAGGAGGAUGACGAUGGGGGUGGACCUGCCUCAGAUGAGGAUGAAGUCCAUGUGAGGCAGAAGGUGAUGGAAGUUGACCCUCUUGAAGCAGCAACUUUUGAGCAAGAACUAAAGGCUGUCAUGCAGGAAAGCAUGGAUCAGCGCAGGCAAGAACUACGUGGUCGACCCACAUUAAAUAUGAUGAUACCAAUGAACGUGUUUGAAGGAUCAACCAGGGGGGUUGGUGGUGAAAGUGGUGAUGAAGCAUUGGAUGAGGAGGGUGGAGGAAUUAAGGACGUCCAGGUAAAAGUUCUUGUGAAGCGUGGGAGCAAGCAACAGACUAGGCAGAUGUACAUCCCUCGGGAUUGCUCUCUUGUACAGAGCACAAAACAGAAAGAAGCAGCUGAGCUUGAGGAGAAACAAGACAUCAAAAGGCUAGUUUUAGAAUAUAAUGAUAGAGAGGAGGAGGAACUGAAUGGGUUGGGAACCCAAACAUUGAACCAUAUGCAGGGUAGCGGCAGUAGAGGUUCCACCCGAGGUCACUUGUGGGAAGGAAGCAGUGGGAGGGGGGGAACACGUCAUCGGCAUUAUUCCGGUGGUGGAAUCUUCUACAACAGAAAAAAGUGAAGGUUAUUAUGCUAGAAGGCUUUCUUGUUUUUGCCACAAGUUCAAAUAGGUACAGUAAACUAUCUCAAUUUCUAACGAGAUUUGUCGAGGCUGCCUAAAACGAAGCGGUGCCUUUUCUGCAAGACUGAUGUGCCGUUUCUUACCCCAUUCUGAUGAGCUCAAUAGUCUAAAAAAAGUAGCGCUUCGGGAAAAAUGUUUUAAGAAGUUCAAUUGCCAGGUAGUUAGUGCGAGACACAAUGCUAUGUGUUUUCAGUUUCUGAUCUGCAAUGUACCUGUAGGAUUUGAUUGUGUUCUGUAUAGAUCCUGCGUUUGGCAUUUGCUGCAGUUUGCAUGUAUAUAUAUGUUAUGUAAGACAAAAUGAAGAUAGUAUGACCAAAAAUCUCUUGCUUUGUUCUUAUUUUAGAUAUAGUGUAAUGAUUUCUGUUUUACUUGUGUAGUGACUGACUCAUUCAAACCGAACUUCAUAUGCAUUUGGAAUGUUUGAGAGUUUAUUAUAAUGAUAAUGAAAUACCAAUCUCAUAUGACCAA